AUGUCUCCAGCGUCGGUAGAUACAGCAGCAGGACUCUUGUCAGCAAUGAUGCGAAUCCCCGAACUACAGACCGAUAUAGAGCUGGCAUACCUUGCCGAAGGUGGUGCAAAUAUCGUUUACCGGAUGGUGAUGCCCGAAUCAUGUAGGGCAAAGAAAGAAACUGAAACAGAGUGGCAGCACACGUACGGCGGAAGACUGCUGCGUCUCAGAAAGAAAAUCGGAUCCGGCACGCCGUAUAUUGAGACGGCGAUCAAUUUUGAUUCCCAAAUCAAAGCAUUGUUUCAUGACAGCGAGCUCGUGGAGCAGACGCUGGUGGCAUUGCCGAAGGAUAUCGUUUCAGUAUGCAACGCACAGCUAGAGAGCGACGAGGCGAGUGGCCGUCGACCAAAAGGCAGACGUGGGGGAUAUUUGUCCUUAAAGGAACCAUUCGGGCUGCUCAUUACAGAUAUGAGUCCGUCUCCCAACUCUGGCGCAAGUCUCUGGGAGUUUAAACCAAAAUGGCUGCUUCAGUCACCUUCAGCUCCACCAAAUGCAAAGAGAUGCCGGACUUGCGCUCUGCGCGAAAUGAAGAAUUUUUAUGCUUGCCAACGUGGAGAGAAGACGAGUCGCGCGUUUUGUCCGCUCGAUCUCGUCUCGAGCGACUUUGACGAUGUCUUGCGCGCGGUGCGAUUGAUGAAGGGGCCACAGCAUGAAAGGAGUCGCCUCGCAAAGUUCUUGCAUCAGCAUCCAACGCUACUCAAGCUGCGAGACUGUCAGAUAUUAAAGAAUGCAGUUGGUUUGCCUGGGUUGUGUGCUGACUCUCGCGAAAGGGCCGUGUCAAUGACCAUCCGAGACUGUACAAUGUUUGUUCGGGUCCCGCGCGACGAACGCGAAACGCCCGAAGUGCGCCUCGGGGACCUUGAUUUCAAAAGUGGGACAGGAGGAAAAUUAGAGUAUUGGCGGGAUCUCGAGACCCGGCUCAUAGAGGAGGGAUGGUAUCAUGGCAGGGAGGCCGUCGCAGAGAUGCCCGACUGUUCUUUGCAAUAUCGCCGCCAAAGAACCCCGGCCUGA